AUAUUGAAACAAGCUAUGAUUGGGAAAAGGAAAUACAAGUCUUAUCUCACUGACAGUACUAUUUCAAUGCCAAAGACUAGUUGCUGGAGAUAUAAAAAACGACAAAAAAUGAGUAACAGCCAAGAUGAUGAGUUCUCGGAGACUUCUUCCAGUGGUUCCAAAAGGAGGGGAUAUCUUCAAUGCAGUAGUAAACAUAUUCCCCGUCAAACAUUGUGGUAUUGGAAAAGAAAAGAUGGGCAAAAAUGUGAUAAGGAAAAUUUACCUGAAUGUAAUAGAGAUGUAGUUGAUAUACCUGAUAGCUGUAGUACUGAAGGUUGCUCUCCUGAUGAAGUUGUGAAUGGAUCAGACUAUAAAGAAGUUGAUGACGAAGUUGCUAGUAGUGGCAGCAAAUAUAGCAGUGAUGAAAAUGAAGGUAACAGUGAAGUAGAGAAUGAUGAGUAUGGUAUAAACAAUGAGAUUGAGGUUAGAGCCACUGAUAAUGGUAGCACUUGUGAAGAAAUUAGAGAUCUCGAAGAAGAUGACGAGGUUCUUGAUGAUUCAAUUCCACAUCAUAUCAGUGACGUCUUGAGCAUUGAAGAUGAUUACAUUGAAGAUGAUUACAUUGAAAGUGAUAGUGACAGAGAUGAUGAGUGUGGUGAUAAUACUGAGAUUGACAAAGAAGAUGUUUCUUUACUUUAUGAUGGAAGUUCUAUAUCCACCAAUGCUAGUUGGUAUUCAAUGAUGUAUUUUGCUGUGAAAAAUCGGUUGUCAUACAAAGCUAUCAAAGACCUUAUUACAUUGAUUAAAGCUCACUGUCCUACUGAACAAAAUUAUUGUCCUAAAAGUUUUUAUGAGUUUAAGAAAUAUUUUGAGUCUUUAAACAAGCAAAUACUGCUGAAAUUUUGCUCCGUGUGUAUGAAAAACUUGGAACAAGCCGACAAAACUUGCUCAAAUAGGCAAUGCAUUAAACAAAAAGCUAGAGUAUGUGACUUAGCACUUUUUCCAAUUGAAGAACGAUUAAAGCAGUUAUAUGAAGAGCACGACAAAUUUAUCUACCCAUUUAUUCGAAAGAAUGAUGAUGCUACUAUGAGGGAUGUUCAUGAUGGAAGUUCAAUUCGAAAUCUCAUGUCUGAAGGGGGAUUUUUGUCAUGUCCGGAAAAUACAGGUCUUGCUUUAUGUUCUGAUGGCGUACCUGUAUACAAAUCAUCAAAGGGUAGUUUGUGGCCAGUGUACCUAAUGGUGACAAGUAUACCACCACAAAAGAGAAUGAAGGUAGAUAACUUAAUAAUAGCAGCGUUAUGGCAUGGGCCUACUAAGCCAAGUAUGGAUCUCAUUCUUCAGCAUGUUCUUGCCAGCAUUUCACAUCUUGAAAAUAAUGGAAUCUCCUAUUCACCAAAUGUCGUAAUACGAGCUAAAUUGCUAAUGGCCAUAUUUGACCUACCUGCUAAAUCUAGUGUGACAAACACCAAGCAAUUUAAUGGGGAAUACGGAUGUUUAUAUUGUGAAGAAAAGGGUGAAGUUUGUAAUAGAGCAAGAAUAUAUCGCCCAAACCCAGAUAUGCAACUUAGAGAUAGUGAAAGAAUGAAGCAUUUGGCAUCUUUAGCAGAAUCUACUGGCCAGCCUCAAGUUGGAGUAAAGGGUCCUUGCAUUUUGGGUGAUUACUUAGAGAUUCCAUCAUGUAUUCCUAUUGACUACAUGCACUCAACAUUGGAAGGAGUAUUUAAGCAAUUAAUGAGGCAUUGGUUUGACCCAAAAUAUCAUUCACAGCCAUAUAGUUUACGUAAAAGUAUUCGUAAUAUUGAGGCAUUAUUGUUAAACAUAAAACCAAUUAAUGAAAUCCAACGCCUUCCAAGAUCUCUUGAUUCUUUUUCCUUUUUUAAAGCUUCUGAAUUCCGGGCUUGGCUUCUCUUUUAUUCCUUGCCUAUUUUGUCCAUAUUUCUGCCGCCAGAAUAUAUUCACCAUCUUUCUUUAUUGGUUACUUCUUUCCAUAUUUUGUUGUCUGAUGAAAUCAAAAUACAAGAUUUACAUUUUGUUCAUCAAAUGUUGGCCACUUUUUACCAAUUAUCUGGUGAACUGUAUUCGCCAAAUAUGUACACAGCCAACAUGCACUCCUUAAUACACACAGUACCAUUUGUUCAGUUAUGGGGACCACUUUGGGGAUACUCAAUGUUUGGGUUCGAAAACCUAAAUGGGUAUCUUGGGACCACAUUUCAUGGAACACGGAGAAUUGUGUUCCAAAUGAGCUUCCAGAUUCAGUUGCUUCAAACGGUACCUAAGAAGUUGCUUAGUUUAAGUGCGUCAGAGAAUGAGUCCACAAAGGAAUACAUUAGGCAACUCUUAUGCAAAAACAAAUCAGUAUUACAUGAGUUAUUUGAAGGAUGCUAUGUCGUAGGUAAAAUUAGUACUUAUUCACUAACAGAAGAUGAAAUGUCAGUUGCAAGGCACCAUAACAUCAGUACUAGUCAAGAAGUACAUUGUUUUAAGCAGUUAAUGCUAAGAAACACAAUAUACAUCAGCGAAAGUGGUGGCAUCAGCAAGUUAAGCAAUAAUUCGAUUUGUUCAUACCUAGAUAAGGAUGAAUUAGUAAAAAUUGGUAAAAUACAAUCUUUUUUUCUUUCAAAGCAAGAUGAUACAUGCACUCAUUUCUGUUUUAUCAAAAAUUAUCAUAUAAUGAAUAAGACUCCUCUUUCAAAUUUAAGACCACCCCGAAAUACUCUAAUUCGCCAACUUGACAUAAAUUCUCUACUUCAAAAGCAGUUUCUGGAAGUGAAGCCGACUGAUGAAAUUACAGCGAUUAGUAUUCAAAAAAUUCUCAAUAAGUACAUUGAAAUUUAAGUUAAAAAUUCUCGCCAGAAAACUGUUUAUUGUGUCCUUUUACCAAACUCAUUUGAAGUUCACUAAUAAUACAUUACUUUACAAUAUUAACAAUUAAUUUAUGCAUAUAAAGUCAUGUAUAACUGUUUUUCUGUGUUUUCUAAUACAUAUGUACUGCAUAUAAGAUCAUACCCCUAAUUUUGUAAGAUUGGGCAUGCAAACUCAAGUGUCAGAUCUUGCCUGGUUAUCCUGCAACAAAUUAUGUUAAGAUAUAACAUGUAACAUUAUAUAUAAAAUCUAGCCUGUGCUUCCAAUGACAUUUGUGUAAGAUUAUGCAUGUAA